AUGAGGGCGGACUUGACGCAGGUUAGGGCUGACCUGGCUUCCGCCACAAAAGAGAGGGACGCCUACCGAAAGGCCAACCUAAAGUUUAAGGAAGCGGAAGCCAAGGCCCAACAGCUGAAGGAGAAGGAAGAUAUGGUAAAGAGGGGGCUCGAGGAGGAGGUUGACGGCCUACGUAGGCAGGUGAAGGAGCUUGAGUUGGAGAAUGACUGGGCAAAACUGGGGCCCGAUGCUGCGGUAUCCCUGGAGGAGGCGAAGGCCGAGGACGAGGAUGGCCUAGAUAAGGUCCUGGCCACUUCCCAGGGUCUCCCCGUAGACGACGUCGAUAAGAGGGCCGCGGCUGAAGACGAGCCGAAGCCCACAGAGCUGAUUUCUGCGGGUUUUGUGGUGACGCCCCCGGAAGGGGUUCCGGCCGCAGCCCUAUCGGUAGCCCAGACUUCACAAGGUCCCCCUGCUGUUGAUGAGAAGGACUCCUCCUCCCCUGCUGCUCCCUGA